AUGAAUAGGAUGGCAACCAAUAUUCUGACUUCGUGUGAUUCUAACUCAUCUUAUACUUUAAUUACUUCCAAUGAUAAAUUCUGUAAUUGGUUUUAUGAUGAGAAAACGUGUUGGCCAAUUGCAAAAGCCAACACUAAUGUAUCCCAACCGUGUCCAAAAGUACAAGGAUUUGACAAAAUGAAGAUGGCCUAUAAAUACUGUACAGAAAAUGGAAGUUGGGAAAAUGUAACAAAUUUUUUUGGACCAACAGAUUAUAGUAGCUGUUAUACUCCAGAACUAACGGAAAUGCUAGAAAAACUUGGAUCAGACUACGAUACAAAACGAAAACUUGACAUAGCUCUUAACACUGGAGUGAUUGAAGUCGUUGGGUGCCUUGUAUCAAUCAUUUCAUUGAUCAUAUCACUAUGCAUUUUUAUCAGGCACAAGGGUAUAUUGGAACAGAGGUUCAAGAUACACAUGAAUUUAUUUGUUGCUUUAUCACUACAAAUGUUCAUCAAAUUAAUUUUGAACAUUGAUAAACUGGAUUUAUUCAAAACUAAAAAAGAUCUAUCGAAUGUAACUUGUCUUGUGGAUUGUAAUAACCAGAUCCGUUUAGUGAAAGAUGAUGACAAUAAUUGGUUUUUUGGAAUUAUGUACACGCCAAUCAUUUGUGAAGGUAGUCAAGUCAUAUUGGAAUGGUCUAAAACUGCCAGUUUUAUGUGGAUGUACAACGAAGGAGUAUAUCUGUAUAGAAUAAUAAAAUCUAGAGUCUUAAGAAUAAAUUCAAUAAAUUUUCGAAUGUAUCUAUUUGGUUGGGGUUUACCAGCUUUGAUGACUUCUGUAUGGUUAUUGGUAACAAUGGUUUACUACAAAAAAUCUUCUAGUGUCUGUUGGUGGGGCUACAGUUUGUUACCAUUUUUUUGGAUUCUUGAAGGACCCCGAAUGAUAAUUCUCGUAGUAAAUUUAAUAAUAUUAAUCAUCGUAUUGAGAGAGCUGUUGAAGAAAAUUAAAUCAAAAUUAUCACCGUCAAAUGAGUUGGAUAUCAUAAGAAAAGUAUCCAAAGCAGCCAUAGCUCUUGUCCCUUUACUUGGAAUUACAAACUUUAUAUUAGUUAUAAUACCUGAACCACAUUCGAAAAGUCCUGAAUUAUUUGCUUUCUGGUCAUAUUCCGCACAUAUAUUACACUCGUUCCAGGGCUUAAUGGUGUCAAUAUUAUAUUGUUUUAUGAAUAAAGAAAUUAAAAAGUCUUUUGAUAAACGAAUGAUGCUCCAAAAAUCACGACGAGAUUUUGAAAUGGAAAUGACAUAUAAUUUAUUUAAAACUUAG